AUUGCGACCUACCGGUCUCUCUGCCUCAAAAAUCCAGAUCAGCCGUGAGAAAAGCUCGAACACUCUUUGUGAUUAUCAACAAAAAAAGAUCAGCUAGACUGAACAAUCAUGCCUAUCACAAAGAUCUUCGCUCGUCAGAUUUUCGAUAGUCGGGGCAACCCAACAGUCGAAGUUGACCUCACAACUGAAAAGGGGGUUUUCCGGGCAGCUGUGCCAAGCGGUGCGUCCACUGGGAUCUAUGAGGCCCUGGAGCUUCGAGACAAAGAUCCAAAGAGGUUUCUUGGCAAGGGGGUCGAUAAAGCCAUAAAGAACAUCAACGACAUCAUCGCUCCGGCUUUGAUUGCCAAGAAUUUAGACGUUACCAAACAGACAGAAGUGGAUCAGUUUAUGCUCAGUCUUGAUGGCACAGAAAACAAGUCCAAGCUUGGAGCGAACGCCAUCUUGGGUGUAUCUCUAGCCGUCUGCAAGGCUGGGGCUGCUUCAUCUGGUGUGCCCUUGUACCAGUACAUUGCUCAACUUGCUGGAAACAAACAAGUUAUCCUUCCAGUACCAGCUUUCAAUGUGAUCAAUGGUGGUAGCCAUGCCGGUAACAAGCUUGCCAUGCAGGAGUUUAUGCUCCUUCCAACAGGUGCUGGCUCCUUCAAGGAAGCCAUGAGAAUUGGAGCUGAGAUUUACCAGAACCUGAAGGCGGUUAUCAAGAGUAAAUACGGACAAGAUGCAACCAAUGUCGGUGAUGAAGGUGGAUUUGCUCCCAACAUUCAGGACAAUCGUGAAGGACUUGAGCUUUUGAAGGAAGCCAUUGCAAGAGCUGGCUACACAGACAAGGUCAAGAUCGGUAUGGAUGUUGCUGCGUCCGAGUUCCACCGUGACAAAAAAUACGAUCUGGACUUCAAGAACAAGGACUCCGAUCCUUCCAAAUUCUUGACUGGUAAAGAGCUGACAGCUUUGUACCUGGAUUUCAUCAAAGAUUACCCAGUUGUUUCCAUCGAAGACUCCCAUGAUCAGGACGAUUGGGAAUCCUGGUCUGACUUCACCAGCCGUACUGACAUUCAGGUUGUUGGAGAUGAUCUUACCGUCACUAACCCAAAACGAAUCAAGACAGCCAUCGAGAAGAAAUCAUGCAAUUGUCUCCUCCUGAAGGUCAAUCAGAUCGGAUCCGUGACGGAGUCUAUUGAAGCGUGUAAGCUGGCUCAGUCUAAUGGAUGGGGUGUCAUGGUGAGCCACCGCAGCGGUGAAACCGAAGAUACAUUCAUCGCUGAUCUGGUCGUUGGGCUGUGCACCGGCCAGAUUAAGACCGGUGCCCCGUGCCGCUCUGAACGCCUGGCCAAGUACAACCAGAUACUAAGAAUUGAAGAGGAGCUUGGAGCAAAUGCUGUUUACGCCGGUGAAAAAUUCAGACACCCUCUGAAAUAGAGAGAUGAACAUCACUCAGUUGGAAAGUGGUACAAUCCAGUGUGCAUAGUUUGACCAUAGCCAUUGUAGUUGGCUCAAACCAAAAAGGUGAGAUAGGGAAUAGUAAAAAAAUAAUUUGAAAUCCCACCCUAAUAAAUGGCAAUAGAUUUAACAGUAAUGUUAGGGUCUGCUGUGCUGCAGCCAUGUUAAUUGGUCUUAUACCUGUGCCAUUUGCUACUGUGUAACCAAACUCUCAGUAAAGGUACCAGUCUGUGUAGAUUAUUGAUUUACGGUGUACCUUAAUUUAAAAGAAACUAGAAAGUUUGUUGUUGGAACUGCUGUGCUCCUGAGUUGUUGUCUUAUAGUCUUUCUUUCCUGUCACGACUGUGAUUGAAACCUGUUCCAGCAAAACCCCUGGGUUUUUAACUUGGAUGUUAAUACAUUAAUAGUAUUGGUAUAAUUACAUGAGAAGUAAAGUAGAACUUUUUAUCAAUAUAAGGAGAAUUAACAACCCAAUUAGCUUCUUGAGUCAGUCACACUGUACUUAAUAUGGGCUUUUCAUACUCAACCCAAACCCAAGUAGGAACCACAAGUAUGCCCGUGUGUAAUUCUUUUUGACAAAUGUUGUGUGGCAUUCAUACAUAGCCAUGAUCACCAUCAAAUUAAAACAGAGGGAUUUACGACUCUAGCCUUAAUCACAGAGACGCCAUUUAAUCUAAUUGCCGUUUAAGUUAACUAGCAACAAACAUUUUCAACAUUUGUGACUAUGUGUUAGACCAUGUAUAGCCAUAUUCCUUGCUCUAUGGUCCGAUUUGUCAUUGGUAAUUUGUUUCCGAAACAGAAGGUUCAUUUGUCGAGUUGAAUCGUACUUAACUGAUGAAUUGGUAAACGUCUCUAAUGUAGUACAUUAAUUUUGUACCAUCGCAAUAAGCUUGAUCUGCUCGUAAGGAUUAAAAUAUUGCACGAAUAUGUGUUAACUGAAUCAAAUUAUAUGAAGUAAGCAAAAAAGUCAUGUUGUAGAGAAACUGUUCCAGCUUAGCUUGUUUGCUUAGGUUUUUAUUGUAAGGCUGAGUUUUUUUUAACAGCUUUUUGGCUUUGUCAGGAGGGAUCUUUUUACUCACAAUUUAUGGGGGUUAAUAUUUUCAAGGAAAUAUCCACAUGACCGCAGAGCUUGCAUCUCAGAACUUUCACUUGGCCAGAACUAUUCUUACAGCAACAGAAAUAAUGUCUUCCUUUUGCCAAGCUUUAGAGAACUUGUUUUGGUUGAAAACCUAAGCAAUGAAUCAGUCAAACUCAAAUGUAGCGUGUCAUGUUUUUACAUUGGGAGGAACACAGUGGUACCACUGCUAGACAUGUUUAGAUCCACAGUACAUGUAAGUUCUAAGUUCACUGUACCCAUUCCAGAGUGGACCAGUGGGUAUUCCGAGCCCUAAUAUAUUGUUGCUGCAUGGUCAGCCUGCCUUAGCCACAGUAGCUCUUUUUUUUCUCCAGAAAACAAUCAGAUCAAACUGAUCGAAAGGUUGAGUUGAAACCAACGGUUCUUUUCAGAACCACCCAACUCAUUUAAGAGAUAGUCAUUGUGUUACGGCAAACCUUUCCAUAUUGUUAUUCCACUGUGCAGUGUCAAAUCCUACUUAGCUCAAUUUAAACACAGCUUGCUUUGUUUUACAUGUAGCUCUGUUAAGUAAUUCGUUAAAGUUUUUCAAGCUUUGGGGGUGUAAAUUACAGUGUUUUGUAGUACUAUGGGUGAGUCGUACAGUAUAUGUUGAUCAGACUGAGAAUAACUUGUGCAGGUCUCUUAAAAAUAUUGACCUGCAAGUAUUUCCUGCAACAGUUAUUUUUUACAGCUUGAGCCCGGUUCAUACUUCCUGCGAAUGGGAUGCAAUGCGAAUUUUAAUGUCACAUGACUAUUUUCGCAGCGAAUGUUUCGUGGCAGUUCAACUGCUAUCUAUUCAUUGCGAAUUAAUUGUGACGUCAAAUUUUGUAUCGCAUACACAUUCACAGGAAGUAUGAGCCUAGCCUAACACAUGACAGGUUGCCAUUAGGCCCUUCCAAAAGACUUCCAUUACAGAAAAGAUAAUCUAAAAGGAAAAUAUUUCAAAGAUGGGUUGGAAAGAACGAUUAGAAGGUAUUCUUUUAGGGGUAACAGAAAAUAAUUUAUUACUCUUGAGAGAAAUACUUAUUGAAACACCUUCUUGGGAAGAUUUAAAGCACAGCAGACCUGAUUGCUCUGCAGCUGUAUAUUAAAAGUGUCCCAGUAUUUAUGUUUGUAAAACAUGGACUUCCAGCACUGGCUCCUUGCAGUUUUUGUGGCCAUUGAAAACAAAAUAAUUGUUUCCCCAAGGGUAACAAGUCUAUUUUUACUGACUCAAAGAGAAAAGUUCUAUUGAAAAGAAAUUAUCUUAAAUAUAUAAAAUUUUAAAAAACAAUCUGAGUUUUCUGAUGCACUAAUUGUUAUAGUCAAAGUAUGAGAUAUAUGAACAAUUUGAAGAACUUCUCCAGUGUUGUUUGAGCUUUUGUUUACAAUGUGUUAAUUCCAGCCCAGGUUUAUUAUUACCAGUAGUGCUGUGAAAUUACAUGUGUCUUCUUCUGUUUGUGGUGUGUGCAUUCUUUCAGUACAAAUAUAGGAGAAAUAAAAUAUAGAAUUAAAACCUUA